UAUAUUAACAUGGAGGGCACUGGAAAGGCAACAAGAGCAGACGCGAUGGGCUUGAUAAACCUCAUAACAACAGCAGCCAGAAACGCUAUAACGCACAAGAACAACUGCCAGCAGCUAGCAGAUCAUGUGAGGAUGAUUGGAAACUUGCUGGAGAAGCUCAAAUCUACGGACCUGAUGAAACUGGCGGCCACUGCUGAGCCAUUGGCGCAGCUUGAGGAAGCCCUGAAAAAAGCCCUCGACUUGGUGGAGAAUUGCAGAGAUAAGAGCUAUCUGUACAUGAUUUCAUUGGGGUGGAACGUUGUCUAUCAGUUCCGCCAAGUGCAAGACGAGAUUGAUCGUUACCUCAAGCUCGUUCCUUUGAUUUCUCUUGUCCACGAGUUUAGGCUUCAGAAUGUAAAAGAGAGCUUGGAGGCAAUUGAAGAGGAUCAUAAGGAGUAUACCCUGGAUGAAGAGGAUGUAGAGGCCCAAAACGUCAUUCUCAAACCCGAUCGUUCCAAGAAAGAUGCGAGUGUGUUGGAGAAGUCACUGUCUCGUAGGUAUCCUGAUUUGCAAAUCCAUGAGGCCCUCCAAGAAGAGAAAGAUAAGCUGCUGUUUGAACUGCACCGGUUAAGGGAGAAUAAUGAUCCAAAGCAGUACAGAGUGAUUGAGCAUCUCAUUGAUGUUACUGAAAAUGUGGUCAAUGUGCCUGCUCUCGCCCUCAAUUUGCAACCUUAUAUUGAACCCGGUGAAACAUCUGAUCCUAGGUGGGAGUCAACCAAAUUAAGGACGGAUGCAGAUGGAUCAGAGUGGCAGGCUGAUCUCUUCGAGUGUUGCAGCGAACCUUGCUUGAGCAUGAAGGCCUGCAUCUACCCCUGUGGAAUCUUUUCUAGGAUAGCUAAUGUGGUGUCAUGUGGGAAAAUAACUCGUGAAGAAGCAUUAAACAAUCUGAUGGCCUACUCCCUCUUCUGUGGUUGUUGCUGUUAUACUUGUUGUAUAAGAGGAAAAGUUAGGAAGCUUUUCGGCAUUGAGGGAGGCUCAUGUGAUGAUUUCUUAACUCAUCUAAUGUGUUGCUGCUGCGCUCUGGUCCAAGAAUGGCGUGAGCUUGAGCUGAGGGAUUUUGAAGGUUGCCAAAGGAGGAAAAACAUCGCACCACCGUACCAGUGUAUGAAUCCUUAGAAGAAGUUUUUUCGGAGCUUUAAGUUCAAGCUUCCAGCUUAAAAUUGUAUCUGUCUCCGUCCUAGAGAACCAAUUUUCCAUUGGCUUGCGGUGGUUCAAUUUCUUCUUCUUUGCAAGCAUCCACACUUGACUAAAAGUAAUGUUGUGCUAGUAGUUUAUUAGCUUUUGCAGAAAAUGUAAGGCCAAUUAUUCCGGUAUAGAGAAUUAGAGAUGGGCAAAAGAAGAAGAAAUAGUUGAAUGGGUUGGCCGGGGAUUCAUUGUGCACUGAGCUGCAAUUCUCCACUCUUAUGUGAUGUCAAAUUGUCAAGGGUAAAAUACAAAAAAACUCUCU